GAUGACUCGACUCGGGGUAGCAGCUUUUCUGGCAAAGUGCCCUCAUCACCACAUCUCGCUCAAGCUGCCUUCUUUCUUCUGCUCACUGCAGUGCCCAGCGUUCUUCGUGUUUCGCUGAUGGCCCUUGUUGCAAUCGGCCGCCGUGUCGUUGCUUGUUGACGAGACACCAUGCAGGCAUAUUCUUCGACGCAGCGAGCACAAGCAGCUUCGUCCCCGUCCUUUGCCUCCUUCUCCAGCGCUAGCUCUGCUGGCGAGUGCAAUGCAACCAAUACUACAGAUGCGACUGCGCCACCGCUGCCGCCGCCGCCGUACUUUGGCACCCACGCAGUCGACCAUGCCGUCGCAGGGGUCGGCGCAGGCAUCACUGCCACCGUGUGCAUGAACCCACUCGACCUGAUCAAGGUCAAGUUCCAAGUCGACACACGGCCCGUACGACCCCUGUCUCUUUCCUUUCCUUCCCUAUCCCUGACGCAUGUCCUCACGGGCGGCCGUGUGGGGCGCGAGAUAGCGCAGAGCCUAAGUGGCAUCGUGCGCGAGCACGGUUGGACAGGGCUCUACCGCGGGCUCGGGCCCAAUGUGAUUGGAAACAGCACCAGCUGGGGGUUGUACUUUCUCUGGUACACGAUGAUCAAGGAGGCCAUGUCCAAUGGUCAGCUUUCCCUCGCCUCUGCAUCGUCCUCUGCGCCCGUCAAGCUGUCUGCUAGCCAGCAUCUGCUCGCAGCGUCUGUCAGCGGAGCGGCGACCGCGCUGCUGACCAAUCCAAUUUGGGUCGUCAAAACGCGCAUGUUCGCCACGCCGCCCCCGCCACGUCGCUCUUCGCAAUGCGCUACCAUCAUCACCCCAAGAUCAAUGCAACACUACCGCAACACACUCGACGGUCUGGUUUCCAUCUACAGGAACGAGGGCAUCCGUGGGUGGUACAAGGGUGGUGGCCUAGCGCUCGUUGGCGUCUCCAACGGCGCGAUCCAGUUCACCGCUUACGAGCAGCUCAAGAAAUGGCGCUCGCGCGUCGCAAUGCGUCGCAACCUGCGCCAGAGCGGGCCGCAUGCAGCCACGGCGCAGGACGACAAGCUGAUCCCCGAGGGGGGUGUCAAGCUGAGCAACACCGAGUACAUCCUGCUCUCGGGUGCGUCCAAGAUCGCCGCCAUCUUCCUCACUUACCCAUACCAGGUGGUCCGCUCCCGCAUCCAAAACUUCCCUGUGGCGAGUAGUCCUACCUUUACAACAACAGCAGCAUCCUACACCAGCAUACCGGACUGCAUCCGCAAGACCUACACGCACGAAGGCGGCCUCCGCGCCUUCUACAAAGGCCUCACCGCCAACUGCGUGCGCGUCCUGCCGGGGACAUGCGUAACAUUCGUCGUAUAUGAGCAGAUCGCCUGGGCUCUCAAGGGUGCCGCAGCGGACCGAACGGCAGCGGCGCAAAGAGCGAGCAGAGCCGCUCCUGCAGGUAACACAGCAGGGACGGAUAUUGAUAUUGAUGGGUGAAGCGGAUUAGAAAAGCCCGGACAGAAGACAUCAUAGAUGGAGCCAUUUUGCCUUUUUGCAUUGACCACUGUCGCACGCACGCAUGUAUCAUUAUCGUCACCAGCUCACAUUCGCACACAUACCACCUGCAUUAGCUCAAGCAAUGUACUAGAGAAACAAUAUCUACCCUUGCAAUAUUACACUAGCC